GAAGGAAAAGUUGAAAUGUGUAUCGCGAUCACUUGCCAGUUGCUCGUGUUGCUGAUAAUAUCUUCGCGGGUAUUUUCAGCGGACAACCUAUGUUCCAGAACGGAGAAUUACACGGUCACGUCGAUGGAAACCUAUACGGAGCCGGUUGUCGUGAAUACGUUCACCUGGUGUCUAAAAAUCCCACCCAGGUGCCCGAAGACACGGACAGAAACGAGGCAACGAUAUCGCGUAAAGACAGAGUCGAAGACCAGGAGAGUGAUCGAGUGCUGCGAAGGCUACAAAACGAUCACGGCCAGUGACGGUACGACAGCCAUCAGAUGUUUACCGCUUUGCGAUAAAUGUCUCUCGGGAAUUUGCGUCUCUCCGAAUCGAUGUCAUUGUAAUCCUGGCUAUCACGGAGAUAACUGUGCAAUCGAGUGUCCGAGAGGCACGUGGGGCUUGCUGUGCAAAGAGAAAUGUAACUGCAUCGAGGACGUACCUUGCAAUCCCGUAAACGGACACUGUGCGUGUCCGCCAGGAUUACGUGGACGAACGUGUAACGAAUCGUGUCCAAACGAUCGUUAUGGCCCUGCAUGCGCGUUUUCAUGCGAAUGCAAGAAUUCAGCGAGCGGCUGUCACCCCGUAACGGGUCGGUGCAUCGAGGACGAUGCAUCGACGGUGAACGCCGACUACACGGACAAUCUAGACGAAUCUCCGAACUCGUCGGUCGCGGAUAAUCAGAGAGAAUCUUGGGAAAUUUCGCGUACGACGAAAACUCGGACAGAAGACGCGGACGGUUACCAGACACUCGCCACCACCGAUAAUCCUGGCAAAACGACCAGCCCGGAAGUAUCCGGCAACCUCUCGAGUUCGGGUCGAAUGAAAAUUAGGACACGCGAAGAGGGCAACUCGAGCACCACAAGGCCCGUGAUCGUUUUAGUUUCCGUACCGGAACGGAGAAGGAACAUCGAAAAAGACAGAGGAACGAAUAAUCCGUUCGUGGCUCGGGUUCGCGAUAACGUUGAUUCGCACGACGUUGUUCCGCCGAAAACGGACUACGUGAAGAACGUUCAUAAAGCAGGCGACGUCCAAGCAGCUCCGAUACCCCUGGACAUAGCCCUGAUCGUGAUAGCUUCGAUCGUAUCUUUGGGAUUGACCUCGGUAGCGGUAGUAAUGGUUCUCCACAUGCGUUCGAAGCUGCUCGAAGCGGCUAGAAUGUCGAUUUACGACGAAGCUAAAACCAAGAACCAAGAGAAUCCAAGCUCAACUAGGAUCUCGUCGAUAGCGAUGACUGCUCUUCCUCAGACUCCGAACGCGAGUCCCUUGUGCGCCUCCGCUUCGGAGCCCGGAACGAUAUUCCCGGUGCACGCUAUCGAUCCUUCGAGCAACUACGCCAACGGAACUGCCACGAUCGGCUUCCGAGCUUCCACGGAUCUACGCGAUUUUCUGCAAGACUGCUGUCAUUACGACCGGCCACCGUCCACGCGAAUUCGUCUUCAAAACGAUUUCGAAACGAACACGGAACACGUUUACGACGAAAUUCCGUUGCAAUCGAGCCCUCUGUAUGCUCGCAAGAACGCCGUCAAUGUUAUCGAGGACGAUAUGAUCGCGCGCCUACCCAAAAUAAGAAUCCAGUUGUUCGUUCGUGCUCGUUCAUUCAACAUGACUGGAUCGCUGAUCGUUUUCUGCCUCGUUUUAACGCUUUUCGCCGUAGACACUUUGGCGAUCGAAGGCGUGAAAGGUGGCCAUCGUCCUCAUCGACCGAAUCAACCUACCGGCUUCAACAGCACUGUUCAGGCAGGACUUUGUUACAAGAGGAUACCUUACGCGGAUGCGCUAGCGCUUAACUCCAGCGGACAGUUCCCUCGCAAUACUCUUCCUUCUACCAGCGAGGAUGAACCGACGAAUGGAUGGAUCACGAUUUUGGAUUGCUGCGACGGUUACGAGCGCAAUUUCACUUCCGGAGGCUGCGAACCUCGUUGCAUUCAAGGAUGUUUAGGUGGAAGAUGCACCGCACCGAACGUUUGCAGCUGUGCACCGGGUUGGUUCCCACAGGAAGGUGUUUGCAUGCCCUACUGCGAGAGACCCUGUCAAAGAGACGCUUACUGUUUCUCGCCGAACGUGUGCGCCUGUAAACUAGGCUACGACGAAGUAGACGGCGAGUGCAAGCCAAUUUGUCCAGGUGGUUGCAGAAACGGCGACUGCGUGGCGCCCCGAGUGUGCAGAUGUACGAUGGGAUACGUUCUUCGGGCGUCCCCUGAAAGCACCGGAAUCGAACCGAAAGAGUGCGUACCAGUCUGCGAGAACGGUUGCCGUAACGGACAGUGCACCGCUCCUGGUAUAUGCACUUGCAACGAAGGGUACGGCAAUCCUCCGAACGACAGGGAAUCCUGCGUUCCAAAGUGUCCAGCGGGAUGUAUCGAUGGCGAAUGCGUGGCUCCGGGUGUUUGCAAGUGUAAACCGGGAUUCAGCCUCGGCUCGAACAACAAGUGCAAUCCAGAAUGUCCGAAAGGUUGCGCGAACGGCGAGUGCGUGUUCCCGGGUGUUUGCCGAUGCAAACCAGGCUACACCACCGACUCUGGCAACAACUGCGUUCCAGAGUGUCGUCAAGGUUGCAUCAACGGCCAAUGCAUCGGUCCAGGUAUCUGCAAUUGUAAUCCGGGUUACGCGUUAGACGCGAGCAACAGGUGCAGCCCGGAUUGUCCCGAAGGAUGCGAAAACGGCGAAUGCGUCGGUCCAGGAGUGUGCAACUGCAAAUUAGGCUUCUCUCGCGACUCGAACGGCAAAUGCGCCCCUCUGGCUAGCUUAUCCAGCACCGCGUCCCAAUGUAGGUUCGGUUGCGGAACCAACGGUACAUGCGUAGGUCCUAAUCGAUGCGUUUGCGAUAUGGGCUUCCGCGUCGACCCGGACACCGGCAAAUGCAUCCCGGCGCCUAUGUCGUUCCAGUGCAGAAACGGUUGCGGCCCCCACGGCGUUUGCGUCGGUCCCGAUUACUGCAUCUGCGAUUACGGGAUGAGCCCCGAUCCGAUCACCGGAAGGUGCCCCGAACUACCGUCCCAACCUCAGCCGUCGGCCCACUGCGAAUUCGAUUGCGGACCAAACAGCAAAUGCGUGGGAACGAAUCGGUGCGCCUGUAAUCCUGGAUACGUCGCGGAACCGGCUACCGGUACCUGCGUCCCGCGUUUCACCUCGCAAAUCGGCGAAUCCGUUUGCGAGAUGCCUUGCAUCAACGGAGAGUGCGUCGCGCCGAAUCGGUGCAGCUGCAAACGCGGCUACGCGAUGGAUCCUAACGACGUUACGCGAUCUAGGUGCCUACCCGUGUGCAUCGGCGGCUGCGCGAACGGAGUCUGUACCGCACCGAACUUGUGCAUCUGCAAUCUUGGAUACAGGAAGGAAACAGGCGUUAAGGGCAGACAAAGAUGCGUUCCGAUCUAAACCCCCCCCCGUCCUAUCGCUUACCGAUUAGUAGACCUAUCUUCGUCGAUCAUCGAAGAAAGAAACUUUUAAUAAAUCCGUGACGAUUAUCUUAUAAACUCGUAAACUUGUAAACUCCGCUCGGGUUUCCCUAAAAAUUGUCGUGGAAAUUAUUUUCGAUAUUUUCGUUGUAAUUGUCGAUAAAUAAAGCGACGAACGAUCGGCGGUGAAACGAU